AUUAUUCAGUUUUGCUUUUAGCUUCAAAAUUAUUAUGCGUAUUGCUAGAAAUAAUGUUUAUAAACUUUCGGAACUUGCAAAAGGUGCGUGGAUUCCGUGCGCUCAUCAUGGGUCCGCCAGGCAGCGGCAAGGGCUACGUUUCCGACAAGAUUGUGCAAACUUAUGGCGCUGUGCACAUCUCUGCGGGCGAUAUAUUGCGCAAGCAUAUACAGAAUCGCACAGUACUGGGCAAGACGGCAUCCGAGCUGAUUAGCCACGGCCAUCUGGUGCCCGACCAUUUGUUGGCCGGCGUAAUUACGACGGCCGUGUACAACGCCAACGAUCGAAACUUUAUACUCGACGGAUAUCCGCGCACUCUGUCUCAGGCUCAACACUUGGAGGGUCUUGUGAAGCUGGAUAUGGUCAUCAAUCUGGAUAUACCUGUGGAAGCCAUAUUGGACAUGCUCAAGCAUCGCCGAAUACAUGUACCCUCUGGCCGCGUAUACAAUGAGGGGGACAAGGCGCCGCUCGUGCCCGGACGCGACGACAUCACGGGCGAGCCCUUGGAACGGCGACCCGACGACAAACCGAACGUUGUGCAGGCUCGUUUGGCCGCUUUCGAUGGCCAAAUGGAUCCGAUUAUACGAUUUUACAAGAAAAAACACAUUUUGCACACCAUCACAGGACGAACUCAUCACAGCUUGUGGCCGUUGGUUGAGAAAUUUCUGAAGAAGCGCUGGAAAAACUAUCCGGCGCGUACCUUCAGGCCGCAGAGGGAUAUAAACUUGAUCAAGAUCUGCUAAGUCGAAAUCAAAUUUUAUUUAUUUGAGAUAUAUGGACACACGUAAACAUGGACAUAUGGAUACAUUUUAUUAUACUCCUAAAUAUUAUAACAAUUGACUUGUGAAACCAACAUAGGAUCUCAUUUUAAAGGUUUAAGGCAUAAUAAAGUUUUAAUCGAAAUA